CGCACAGGCGCUCAGGGAAGGCUCUGUCUGUCAAGUUGUCGGACCGCGUCGCAGAGCCGAGUGUGGAGAAUUUCCCCGAAGACCUCCCUGCCGUCUGAGGAGGGCCUCGCUGGAACCGGAGCCCCUGAGCGAAAGAAGGGCGUACACGUGCGUGAAUCCGCGCUGGUUUCGAGAGUACGCGCUGCCCGAGUGUUCGCAUCACGCGGCCAGUCUCGCGGAUCGAGGGGCCGUGUUCAUGUACAUAGCUGGGCGCGUACGUCCUUUGUGGGCUCCCCAUGUGUGGGGGCAGUGACCGAUGAGCCCGCGUCGCGGGCCAAGGGAAGGCAGUUGAGAAGGAAGCGAGUGGCCGUACGACAAUCUUCGGUGGCCACGUGCGACCUGUGCAAUCACCCCACGUCGGCUGCAAUCACGCCUGCACCCAACCCAUGGAGCAGAUCCUGAACCCCCGAUGUUUUUGCUCCGCGAGUGAGUGGCAGCUCUGCGCCAGAUCGGGCUUGACUUGCAGACGAUACGACAAUCAACAGACUCAGGAUUGAAUAGGAAUGCUCCAGAGUUCGUCCUUCUUGCAUCGCUGGACGGAUGCAAGCGUAUCGCCAGACUCCAUCAGCUACGAUAGUUCAGACAACAGGCGUACAGCUGAGCGACAGCACUGCCAACUGCGCAUGUACAGACAAAGCAAUAAACCCGGACUUGCUUGUCCUGUAGAGGGGGACAGUGGCGCAUCAAGAGGUGGUUCAAGACAUGGUGCAUCAAAAAGGGAGCAGGUUUCAGGGUGGCGCUGACAAGCACGCGCCCGAUGCCGGCAGCUACGAGACUGGCACAGCGAAGCACGAAUUCCACGCCAUCCACUACGAGGGUGGUGCCGGAAAACACGAAUCCGACUGCGACCGGUACGAGGGAGGUGGGGCGAAGCACGAGGCCAACGUCGUCAGCUGCGGGGGAGGCCGAGCGAAGCACAAGCCCGACGCCAUCAGCUACGAGGGUGGUGCAACGAAGCCGAGUACGACAGUUGGGCCGCGAAGCACGAGCCCGCCGUCAUCAGCUGCUGAGUUGGGGCCGGUCCCUCGUGCGAGAAGGGCCGGCAAUGGUGCGAAAAAGGGCGGGCAGUGGCGCGAGAAAGGCGGGCAGUGGUGCGGGAAAGGCGGGCAGAGGUGCGAGAAGGGGCGGGCAGUGGUGCGAAAAGCGUGGGCAGCGGUGCGAGAAGGGCGAGCAGCGGUGCAAGAUGGGCCGGCGGUGGUGCGAGAUGGGCCGGCAGCGGCGCUAGUAGGGCCAGGAGUGGUGCGAAAAGGGCCGGCGGUGGUGCGAGCAGAGCCGGCGGGUGGGACUGUGGUAGCAGCGGUGCGUGACAGGCCAGCAGCGGUGCGAGACGGGCUGGCAGUGGUGCGAGACGGGCCGGCAGUGGUGCAUGAAUUGUUAGCAGCAGUGCUAGAAGUGCCGGCAGGUGGGGCAGUGGCGGCAGAGGUUGGUUUAGGAGCUCCGUGGGAGAGGUGGAGGAGGAAGCGGGGGAAGCGGGGCGAAGCGCGAGCCCAACGUCGUCAGUUAUGGGGUGGUCACACGAAGCACAAGCCCGACGCCACCAGCUCUGAGGAUGGCACGACGAAGCGCGAGUUCGAUGCCAUCAGCUAUGAUGGUGGCACGGCUGCGAAGUACGAGCCCGACGUGAUCAGCUACAGUGUUAGGGCCAGCCCCCUCAUGCGAGAAGGCCCAGCUGUGGUGCGAAAAGGGCCAGCAGUGGUGCGUGAAUGGCAGGCAACGGUGCGAGACUGGCGGGCAGCGGUGCGAGAAGGACCGGCAGUGGUGCGUGACGGGCCGGCAGAGGUGCGAAAGGGGCGGCAGUGGUGCGAGACGGGCCAGCAGUGGUGCGAGAAGGGCCCGCAGUGGUGCGAGAAGGGCCCGCAGGUGGGGCAGUGGCGGCAGGGGUUGGAUACAAGACGCAAUCAGCUACAGCGCGGCACGCGGAACGCCAUGUCCGCACCGUUUUCAGUGCUCUUGCAGGCUUGUGCACCGCCCGCUAUGCAUAUGCACUUGCUCGUUUGGGCUACGCGGACAUCGCGAGGAGCAAAAGAGAAACCGAGGAGGAUAAUGAGCAGGGUAUAUCUGACUGCGAGUCGGGGGACGUUGGGGUCCACGCGCUGCUCGACAUGGCGUACAAGCGUAUUGAUAGCACGACAGCCCGACGAGGCAUACAGGGUACUCCAACAUUUCUACAAAGCCGCUCCACAAACCAUGUGGCAUCCUGGUAUCCAGCACCUGCGCGACAACAUGGUUAUGUGCCUCAGCGACGGGCAGUGCUGUGAGCACCUGGUGGAGGAACAAUGGCAUAUAUCAGGGUGAGGGGGCCGAGCGGCCAUUCACUGUUUCUGGGCGCGUGGCUGAAGUGAGUUUCCGCAGGUCGGAUUGUUGCUGUUGCGUUGUUUGUUGCUUGUUGUUUGUUGUAUGUUGCUUGUAUGAAAUCAAACUCCAGCAAGCUGACCGUCCUGAGGAAGGUCGUGGUCCAGAGGAUGUAGCCUUUUCAGCCAUGUCGGUACCCAAAACCACCAUCGCCCAUAGUGCUGAUGCUGAGUGGUUAGAA